CACAAACCAGAUACCGCAAAAGUUUAGGGCACUGCAGACACGGCAUGAACUGCUCCCGCGCACUUGAAGGCCUCGGCCUACUACUGCUUACCUAGAAAAUUUCCAUCAUCAAUAUGGUAGCAAGUGUUGAAAGUGAGAUCACUUGUGUGUGAUGAUCGACUGCAUGUACAUGUAUGUGUUCCAAGUGGUGCAAUGGUCGAUGAAGAGAAAGUGAAGAUUGUGUUGGUGGGUAAUGACCAUGUGGGCAAAACCUGCCUCUGUCUCGCUUACUGCAAAGACUACUUUCCCUACGUGUACAUCCCUAUAGUGUUUGAGGACUACGUGCAGGAUGUGGUGGUUGCUGGGAAGGCUUUUGCUGCUCGUCCUGUGGACACAUCAACCUUGGGAGAAGAUUAUGAUCAUCUGCGUCCUUUGAAAUAUCCAGGAACUGACGUAUUUCUGAUGUGUUUCUCAGUGGAGCGCCGGUCUUCCUUUGAACACAUUGAGUCAAGAUGGCUGCCAGAGAUCCGCCAAUACAUGCCCACAACUCCCAUCAUUCUUGUGGCCACAAAGAUAGAUCUUCGUGGGAGUCCCCAGCACAGUUGUGUUACAUUUGACGAAGGCUUUGAACUGGCCCAGAAACACAACUGGACCUACAUCGAGACGAGUGCCGUCCUUCACACCAGCAGGAAAGAGUGCCAUGAAAAAUAUGUGGCUCGUUGGGGUGAGCCUCCUACUUUGACGUACGAGAAAGUGGAUGUUUUCCACCUUUAUUUCUCUGUUCAGAGCAGGACGUCCCUGGCGAAUGUUGAAACGAGAUGGGUUCCUGAGAUCCGCCAUGCCAUGCCUGACAUUCCAAUCCUCCUGGUUGCAACAAACAUAGAUCCUCCUUGGAGUCCUCAUCGCACCCGUGUGGUAACAUAUGAGGAGGGCUUGAAGAUGGCUCAGAAACUUAACUUGGAAUACACGGAGAUGACAGGGCAGCUGAACUUGAACCUGAAUGAAUGCUUUGAGAAAGCAGUUUACAUUGCUGAUGAAGGAAGGACUCCAAAGAAGAAAAAAGGUUUCUUUGGUUUCAGGAGGAGAAAGCCCAAGCCCAGCCCACCAUCUGAACCUGAAGUACCCCCAGUAGAUGAAGCCCCUCGGAUUGAAAUCCAAACCUCAACCAUCGCAGACAACUUUGGCAAGGCAUUGGAGCAGCCAGCUUUCUCUGACGUCGUCUUCAUCGUUGGAGGGAAGAGCAUCUUGGCCCACAAAGUGGUGCUGUGUAGUGCCUCCAACUUCUUCUGUCAUGUGUUUGGCCUGGAUCUACCUCAGCAUAAAGCCAGCAAUUCUCCCGUCUUGAACUUUACCUGGGAGAAUAUCAACAAGGGCAAGAUUACCGGUUUAGCUGGUAUCCUUGAUGAAGUGACCCCAGAUGGCAGUCUGCUUGAGAAAGCAAAGACCCAGGUGACGAUCAGUGCAGACAUCUCUUACAAGACCUUCUACCAUGUCUUGGAGUUUCUGUACACAGGCCUUCCUAGCCUCACAGACGAGACCAGCACAGAGGACCUCGUGGCUUUACAGAAAGCAUCCAAUACAUUCUCCUUGCCUAUGCUGGACAGCAUCGCCAAGAACCUACAGAAUGAUGGAAAGUUCCUGAAUCCUAGCAUUGGAACCUACCUGAAUGAUCAGACAGGACAGAGGGCCAAGUGGUUGUUCCUGAACAAACAGACACUGUCUGAUAUCCGAUUCAAAGUUGAAGACACACUAGUCUAUGCUCACAAGGUGAUGCUGACAUGUCGCUGUGGGUUUAUGAAUGGAAUGUUCACCGGAGACUUCACUGAAAGCAGCCAAGAUGAGAUUAGAAUUGAAGACGUGAGUCUGGAGUGUUUCUUGGCCCUCCUGGAGUACCUGUACACUGACCACGCCCCUAUAGAGGAGGGUGAUGCUGUGGGGAUCCUUGUAGCUGCUGAUCGGUAUGGCCAAGAUCGACUGAGAAAUCUCUGUGAGCUGUACAUCACCAAGGGGGUAGAUGUGACAGAGGAACAUGUGGAUGUCAUUGGACUGUUGCAUACAGCCCAGAUGUGCAAUGCCAGUCAGCUUGCCCAGUGGUGCCUUGAUCUCAUUUCCCGUAACUUUGUGGCCUUCCAGCAGCGGGCGGAGUUUAAGAAGCUGGAGGGGGAGAACCUGAAAUAUGUCACCGAGAACCGCUGGCCUCCUGUGAGCUACCUGGAGGAGCUGGAGAAAUACAAGGCUCAAUGCGGGGAGAAAGGGGACAGAGUAUGAAGAAGGGAAAGUGGCUUAUUUUGUUUGAUGCACAGUCUGGAAAUAAAUUUUGCUUCUUGUUGUGUAUGUAACAAAUUUAGUCUGUAUUGCCUAAAAGCUAGUUUUCUUGAAACAAAUCAUUUAAUAAUUAACAUAUAUAAAUUUUUUAUACUGUUAUGCACGUGUUAUUUUACAAUUUUAACAAACACUUGUCAUAUUUUGAAACUUUGAUAUUCAUUACCCUCUGGAAAACUAUGGUUAGAAACGAUCCAUUUGUUUUAAUAUUAGAAAUGCAAUGACCUUGUGUCCUUUUAUGAAUGGCCAUGCUGAUGUGGGAAGCGAGGGUUUACAUACAUGUGAUGCAUGACAUUAGUCUUACAGUAUUAACCAGACGAGAGGGCAUAAUAUUUAUGUUCGUGAAAAAGGACGUGUAUGAAUACCCUCCAAAUGUAGUUGACAAUAUUUCCUUUUCUUGUGAAAAAAAGUUUAGCAUUAUGAAUCAUGUGAGCUACGGCGUAUUUUAGAACAGAAUGUAAUGCCUUGAUUGUGUGAACCAUCUUACAGUAAUUGUAAUGUCGGACUCUGUAAGGAUUUGCAAAAUGCAGUGCAAUACAGUGUAUGAAGUACAAUGUGGGAAAAAUGUAAGGCCUUACAGCCGGAGAUGACACAGUGAGUUCAUCCACAUGAAACUAAUGCACGGGACCAUUGGUGCAUGUGUUAUUUGCAGUCAUGGUCAAGUCAUUUUGACAGAGCCUAAGAAUGAUUACCGAACGGAAUGCCGCUACAUGCUGCACAGCCUGGCGUUUUCCAUUAAUUCCUACACAAUGUGAAACCAGUCAGCAGGCUAAUUACAUACGUGUACUUUUCACGCUGUCAUCAGGUCUUGUGCCAGGUCUUUGUUCUCAACUGAUGUCUCGGUCUUUGCCUUUUUCGAAACUGGCUUAUUGUUAAAAAAAUUCUAACAGUAGAAUCACCCUUCCUUCAAAGGAAGGUUUAGUACUAUUUUUAAGUGCUUGUUCUUUAAUUUCCCUAUUCCUAUUUGUUAAAAUCAAAAAAAUUAGGAACAAGGACGGGGGGUGAGAUUAAGUACUGCCCCUCCCCCAACCGCUGGAUAUCUAUUGCAUAUUGGUGCUGAAAAUGAUGUAUUUAAUAAAGGAUUACAUGUAUGUUAAUGAA